AUGAAUAAUCAAUUUGAUGAUGUUUCUGCCAAAGCUGAAGAUGUGGGAAGAGGAGAGAUUAUCACAUGCAACCUUUGUUCUCAUGGAACUCAAAACAAUUUGAAAAUAACAAAGGUUGAUAUCUCAUCAGAAAAUGGUCCACAGGGACCCAAGUCAAACUUCUUUGUGUGCACAAAGAAAAAUGCCAAAGGAAGUUCAGUACAAAUCUGA